AGCAAUGAACGCUGUUAGGCAUCGUCUUGUUCAGAAAUCUGUUCCAAAUGAACUAGUUUUUGUUGGAGAAUUGCCUUCUGGACCAAAUGGUGGGUUCAACCCGAAAAUGGAUCACCUGGUGUGUUUCUUAUCUGGAACUCUUGCACUUGGUGCCACUAAAGGCCUUACAAAGAAACAGGCAAUGGAAAACAAUAUGCUUAACUUUAAAGACCUAGAAAACUUGAAGCUUGCAGAAGAUUUAGCUAAAACAUGCUUUGAGAUGUACUCAGUGACUUCAACUGGUCUAGCUCCUGAAAUUGCUUACUUUCAUACCAAGUGCUGCAUUAUAUAUAGUGAAAAUGGAGACCUAACAUGUAGCCUCUGGUGUAUGCUUUUGAAACCCAGGAUAAUGUUAUCUCAUGCUCACAUAAUGCUAUCUCGUGCUCCAUUACUCAUGUCCUCUUCAAUAUAUCGUGAAUGGGGUUGGCAAAUCUUUGAAGCCUUUGAAAAGUACAUGAAGAUCGAUAGCGGUGGAUAUAGUUCUUUGGACGACGUAACUAUUAUUCCUCCUCCUAAAAGAGAUAAAAUGGAGACUUUCUUUCUAGGAGAAACACUUAAGUAUUUAUACUUGCUUUUUGGGGAAAGCUCCCAUAUUCCAUUGGACAAGUUUGUUUUCAACACAGAAGCACAUCUUAUACCAAUCAAUUUAAAGAAAUGA